GCGGCGGGGCAGAGCUCGGUCGGUGGCGUCGCGAGGGAGCGUCGUCCGUGUGCUCCUGGAGGCGCUGCCGGAGGCUUUGUCUCCGCGCUGAGCCGCUCCGGGAUGUUCUGCCUCCUUUCUAAGGCGCUCUCUUACUUCUGGAGACGUGCAGGUGACGAAGAUGAGAGAUGGGCGACCUCAGGUGAUCAAGAAUUGAAAACGGUACAAGGAGUAGUGACAAGACUUUGCCAUGAUUAUGGGAUGAUAGAUGACAUGAUAGUCUUCACAAAGGAUGUUGUUACAAAAAAUAUGUUGCUGGCCAUUGGACAAGAAGUUAUUGCCACAGUGGAAGAGGAUAAAACAUCGGGUGGCCUGAAGGCUAUCAAGAUAGACACCAUCCAGGAUACACAAGAAGACUUCAGUCCUACUUUUGAUGCCUCUGAACAAAAUAACAAAACAUUAAUUGGCAGUAUUACCUCUCUCUCUAAGCAUGGUGGCUAUAUUAAUCAGAAUACUUACUUUGCAAUGGAAGACGUCUGGGAAGAUUUCAAACCCUGUGAAGGUGAUUGGGUGCAAGCAAAGUAUUUUAUUAAUUUGACAACAUGGAAGAGUGAAGCAGUUGCUGUAAGGCCUCUGAGAUAUAAGCAAGUAAACAAGGUUCGCAUUUCCAGCAUCUGUGGAAAAACUGGGACAGUAGAUGAGAGUAUAUUUUUCACUUUGGAUUCCUUGAGACUUCCUGAUGGCUAUUCACCUCGUAGACAUGAUCUAGUGAAUGCAAUUGUGGUGGAAAGCAGUCAGUCGUGUUAUAUUUGGAGAGCCCUCUGCCUGGUGCCAGUCAGCGAGGAUGGGAAUAAAGGGAGUGUACCACAGUCCUUGAUCAGCUGCAGAUUAGCUGGAUGGGUGAAAGAUAAGCAAUUCAGGGUUCAGAUUCCUCAAAAAUGUGAGAACAGCCCAGAAGCAUCUCUGCCAUCUUUUCCAAUAAAUCAAGAAGACCUCUCAAAAGAUGGAGUUAAUUCACUUAACAGCAGUGGAGAAACAACAUGUGAGUCAUCGAACAAUACAUCCAUUAUAAAGAACGGAGUCAUUCCAGAAGGAAUGAAUUUUCAAGAUACAGAUUUAUCAAGGACUGAAGAAAACAUUUCCUUGGUGAAAGAUGAAAAUCUACAAAAUGGAGGAAGUGAGCAAAGAGAACAUGUGGAGCAACCAACAAAGCAUGACAAAAUUACUGGAGAAAUUGUAAUACCACCAGGUGGAAAAACAUUCAUAGUGGUCAUAUGCACAGCUGUGAAUCAUGGGCACAGUAAAGAGCUCCUGUUACUUGGCUUUUCUGAUUUUACUGUUGGACGCUAUAUUGAAGCCACUGUAACAAAUGAAGAAGAGUUACUUAUAGCACCUGUGGAACCAUUUUCUCCAAGAAAGCCUAAAAUUAUUGCAGAUUCUCAGCUAAGGAAGACAACAGUGACUGGCCCUAAAAACAGAAGAAAUAACAGAAGGUGGUGUUCAAACUUUCUCCCACAUUAUACCAUACCGGAUGAAUUAAGAAGAUGUGUGGAGCAGAAGUUAGACAUACUGACCUUUCAGCCCCUCCUAGCAGAGCGUCUUAAUCUAGAUAAUUAUAAAGCAAACUUCUCUACUCUUUUGUGGCUUGAAGAGAUCCAAGCAGAAAUGGAUUUAAAAUGUUUCAGCAUGAGUGGAAUUACUUUGAAAAGGAAUGGGAACUUUUUAGUGCUGGAAGUGCCAGGAGUAGAAGAGGGCAGACCUCGCCUGGUUCCAGGUGAUAAGGUGAUACUGAAAAGUCAGGUCUACUCGGAGCAUAUAAUAGAGUACAUUGCCUUUAUUACUGAGAUAUGUCAUGAAGAUGUUACUCUUAAAGUUAAUGCAGACUUCGAACAAGCUUACAACUUGGAACCCAUGGAUGUGGAAUUUGUUCAAUGCAGGAUUCCUAGCAGGCGAUGCCAGUUGGCAAUUCAGCAAGCUUCCUACCUGGGUGAAAAAGUGUUAUUUCCGGAAAGGCUUGUCUUGCAAUCACCACAAGCUAUCAAGACACAGAAUACUACUGAGUAUUGUGGUGUUGGCGAUGGCCUUAAACAAUCUUCACAGCAGGAAAGUAAGGUAAAAAAAAAGAAGAACAAACAGGCAAAAGGCAUGACAUCAAGAGAGGUGAAUGUACAGGAUAUGAUGAGAGUAACUCUGCCAACAAGCCAACUUGUUGGUGAAACUGUGGCACUUAAAGAGAGAGCUGAUCAAUUUUUCAAUCCGAUGCUGAAUGUGCAACAGAAACUGGCGGUGAAAAGGAUACUGAGUGGCGAAUGUCGCCCAACACCUUAUAUUCUCUUUGGACCACCAGGAACUGGAAAAACAGUAACAGUAAUUGAAGCUAUUUUACAGAUCCAUUAUACUCUACCAGAUAGUCGGGUUUUGGUAUGUGCACCAUCAAAUGCUGCAACAGAUCUGAUUUGCUUGCGGCUGCAUCAAAGCAGUCUCUUAAAACCGGGAGCUAUGGUCCGAGUUAAUGCUGCCUUCAGGUCAGCAGAGCAAAUUGAUGACAUGGUGAAACCUUACUGCAAAGAUGGUGAUGAUAUUCAGAAAGCAUUGUGGUCCAGGAUAGUAAUUACAACAUGCAGCAGUGCAGGAUUGUUUUAUCAAGCAGAUACACGGCUUGGACACUUCACGCAUGUGAUUCUGGAUGAAGCAGGGCAAGCAAGUGAACCGGAGAGCCUGAUUCCUAUUGGAUUGAUUUCAGAAGCUCAUGGACAGAUAGUUCUUGUUGGAGAUCCAAAGCAGUUAGGGCCGGUAAUAAAAUCUAAACUUGCACUGACUUUUGGAUUAAGUAUGUCCUUGCUGGAAAGACUGACAUCAAGAGAGCUAUAUCUGAGAGAUGAGGAUGCUUUUGGUGCCUGUGGAGCAUAUAAUCCUUUAUUGAUCACAAAACUCACGAAGAACUACAGGUCACAUUCUGCAUUGCUUGCCUUGCCAUCUAAAUUGUUUUAUCAUAAGGAGCUAGAAGUUUGUGCAGACGCUUCAGUAGUAACUUCUUUGUUGAAUUGGAGUAAAUUGCCCAGGAAGGGAUUUCCAUUAAUUUUUCAUGGAAUAAAGGGCACUGAAACUCGUGAAGGUCACAGUCCUUCAUGGUUUAAUCCAGCUGAAGCAGUUCAAGUGAUGCAGUACUGUUGCCACCUUGCUAAAAAUGAAAACGCUGCAGUGUCAGUGACAGAUAUUGGAGUAAUUACACCAUAUCGUAAACAGGUGGAAAAAAUUAAAUUUCUUCUGAGAAGUAUUGAUUUGGCAGACAUUAAAGUUGGCACAGUAGAAGAGUUUCAAGGGCAGGAGUAUACAGUUAUCAUCUUAUCAACAGUGCGAUCUCAGGAAGACUUAAUUGAUGAUGAAAAAUACUGUUUGGGCUUUCUUUGUAACCCAAAGAGAUUUAAUGUAGCAAUUACUAGAGCAAAAGCUUUGCUGAUUGUCGUGGGAAAUCCUCAUGUUCUUGUGAAAGAUCCCUGUUUUUGUGCACUGUUAGAAUAUAGUUUAAUGAAUAGAGUUUAUGUAGGUUGUGACCUGCCCUCGGAGCUGGAAUGCCUGCAGAAGUGUGACUAGUUUUUCAGUGUUCAAGAUGCAUUCAGUCCUCAUCUGUUUUGAAACUAAGAAUACUUAACAGAAAUUUAGCCUGGAGCAAAUGAAGCAUUUUUUGUCCUCAGGGAGAGAGGCACAUGGUCUGAAAUGGAUGAAAGUUUCUGCAAACAAGAUUUUCAUUUUCUUAAGAAGUGAAAAAGUUGAAAUUAAUAGUAUAAAACAGUAGUGGCAACUCACUUGCUUUUCUGUUAAAAAUGUACAUGACCAGGCCUCUGCAAAGAAGAGUAUGCCUGAAUCUAUAACUGUAUGCCUGAAUCCUCCAUGUUUCAGAAGAAAAAUAUUGAAGAACUCUUACAUAAGCUUUUCCUUAUUCUAUAAUUGUUUCAGCUUCUCAGUUUUUUCUGACUUGUGUAGUGCCACCUAAAACUGGGCUGUCCCAAGAACAUAUAUGUGUCCUGUUAUUGUCAUGGGAGUGUUACAGUAAUAUUUCUACAAUGUGAACUGGAAUGAUACAUUAACAUCCCGCAACUGAUGUCUAGUACCUUAAGCCAAGCAUGCUUAAAAACUCCAAGUUUUUAACGCCUUUGUUUAGUUUCCACUGCAGUCCAGCCAUCUGCUGUGGUGUAUGUCAGAACAAUACCUUAAGUGGUGGGUUAAAAUAAAAGAAAAAAAAAGAGAAAAAUAGAAAAUGUGUUUUCCUUUCUAUAAAUACACUGUAGAAUAAAGUACCUUGUUUUAUUUUGGCAAAAUUAAAUAACUGAUGGUUUAACAGUAUUCCUGCUCUUGGCUUCAUUUUGCACUGUGCUUUCCCAAUAAACAGCAUUUUUCUCUAUUCC